CCAAAAGGAGACGAGAGAGGGAGAGAGCGGCUCUUUCUAUAAAUAUUACGCAUAUGCCCUUCCUCUCCCCCCUCUUCUACUAUAUUGGCAGCCAUCCUCCCCGUUCGACCCCUCCUCCUCUACCAACACAGGCGAGCACGCUUGUUUUAUCCCAUAACUAGCAAGUGCCUAGAGCCGAUAUAAGGAGAGCGAGGAUCGAGCAGCCUGCCCUGGUGAAAAGCUCGGGGCCGGCCGGAUCGACCCAGCAAUGAGCUCGGGCGGCGGCGCCAGCACGCUUGGUGGCUGCGGCGGUGGGCCGAGCGGGAGCGGCGGCAGCGGAGGAGGAGGGCUCGGCGGCGGCGGUGGCGGGCCGUGCGGUGCGUGCAAGUUCCUCCGGCGCAAGUGCGUCAGCGGCUGCAUCUUCGCGCCCUACUUCGACUCGGAGCAAGGCGCGGCGCACUUCGCGGCCGUGCACAAGGUGUUCGGCGCCAGCAACGUCUCCAAGCUGCUCCUCCAGAUCCCCAGCCACAAGCGCCUCGACGCCGUCGUCACCAUCUGCUACGAGGCGCAGGCGCGCCUCCGCGACCCAGUCUACGGCUGCGUCGCGCACAUCUUCGCCCUCCAGCAGCAGGUGGUGAAUCUCCAGGCCGAGCUGACCUACCUGCAGGCUCACCUGGCCACCCUUGAGCUGCCGUCGCCGGCGCUGCCGGUCGCGCCGCAAAUGCCGAUGGCGAUGCCGGCCCAGUUCUCCAUCGCAGACCUCCCGUCGACCACCGCCAUCCCGACCAGCAUCGACCUCUCCGCGCUCUUCGACCCGCCGGCGCAGCCGCAGUGGGCGAUGCAGCAGCAUCACCAACACCAGCUCCGUCAGCAGUCAUACGGCGCGCCGGCGCCCAGGGGUUCCACAAGCAUGGCGGAGGGCUCGGCGGGCGGGAGCGGCGACCUGCAGUCGCUGGCGCGGGAGCUUCUGGACCGCCACGGCCGUGGCGGCAUCAAGCCAGAGCUGCCACCGCCACCGCCGCCGCAUCCAAGAUGAUGAUCCAUGGGCAGCGCAACUGUGCGAAGAGAGAUGGUACGUGACGCGGCAAUAACAGAGAGAGGGAUUAUCGGGAUCGGUGGCGAGCAGCGGUCGAGUGUAGGUAGAAGCAUGCAGCAUUGGCCGGUUUUCGCGUAUCCACCUUGUUGUUAACCAGGGGUGCAAGGGGCGCCCACUUGCACCAUAUUCUACAUUUCAAUUGGCUUUUCCUUCCUCCAACAGAGGACGGUGAUCGGGCUCGUCUUAGUCAGUAGAAGUACUAGUUUGACAUGUAGUAGCAGCAGCAGUGUUACUUUUGUUCGCCACCGGCCGUUCCAUUAAUUGCAAGAUUUUUAAGAAGCUUC